AUGAGCCCCUAUAGCUGGGCUCUGGGGAAGGGGCCAGUUACUUUGAAAGUGAAAAUCAGCCAAGUAAGGGCCAAAAAAGGGGAGUUAGCCAGAUGCCAGAUCGGCGAGGGAAGUGAGACCCAGCUGCCUUUCGAGCAGCCCUCACCGAGUUCUUCAAAUGACACACUGGAUUUCCUGAAGCCUGACCUUACCUGCUCCAUCUGCUUGGAUCUGUUUCGACAUCCUGUCUCCCUUGAAUGUGGCCACAACUUCUGUGCUCAAUGCAUCACCAGUCAUUGGGACUCAGGUGUUCCAGGUUCCCAACCACCUCGAUGCCCUGAGUGCAGGAGGAGAUGUGAUGGGAAGGAGCUAGCUCCAGACACCCGGCUCCAGAAUCUAUUAGAGAAUGUGAACUUCCUACAGCAGAAUGCAAACUCAAAACAGAAGCCAUGUGAUGCUUGCAAUGGAGAGGCAAAGCAGCUGGUUCAAGGGGACUCCAGAAAGUAUUUGACCCUCUCUUUGGAGGUUCUGGAUCAAUGUCUGAAUCACCCUCAAGCCAAGAACAGUCCAGUCUGUCUCAUCUCUGUCCAGGGGGAACAGAGAACAGGAAAGUCCUUCCUUCUCAACUAUCUAAUCCGAGGACUGCAGGGUGUGGAGUCCAAGGAUCCCCAGUGGAUGAGAAGAGGAAGAGGUCUUUCAGGGUUCCAGUGUGAACCAGGAGACCAGUGCACCACUAAGGGCCUGUGGCUAUGGAGCCAGCCAUUCAUUCUGCAGAAGGAUGGGAGGAAGGUGGCUGUGUUUCUUGUGGACACAGAAGGGACCAUAAGUCUAGAACAGGACAAGGAAAUGAAUGCCAAGCUCGUGGCCUUCAGCAUGCUGCUCAGUUCUCAUCAGAUUCUUAAUGUCUCUCGGAUGCUGAAAAAAACAGAUCUGGAGUAUCUGGAGAUGUUCCUCCACAUUGCUGAAGAGAUAGGAGAAUGUUUUAAGAUGGAACCAGUACAGCAUCUGAAUCUCUUAGUUCGUGACUGGUCUCAUCCACCUAGAUUUGGAAAGAAGAGAGGCCAAAAACACAUGAUUGAUGUGAUCCAGAAAAUUUCUGACAGAUAUCCCAGGAUUCAGAAGAUUCUUAAGAGCAAACAAGCCUGCUGCUAUCUCUUGCCAUAUCCUGGAAAAAAAAUAACAAUGAGCAGCAAUGGAAAUCCAGAAGAUAUGGAUCCAGAUUUCUCUCACUAUCUACAUGACUACAUCACUGAUGUUUGCAAUUCAGCCACCGAGCAUGUGAAAAGGCGUUCAGAUGGACAUAUUCUCACUGGGAAGGAAUUAGCUGAGAACAUGAAGAAACUUUUCAGCACAUUACAGAGAAAAGAAUUUGGAUAUUCGUCCUCGUUUGAGUCGGUGGUUACUGGACUCCGUAAUAUGAGGAUGAUUGAAGCUGCUAGGAAAGAGUUGGAGGACUUUGUGAAGGAGCAGGAUUCUUCCACAAAGUCCAUGUGUACUUGUUUGGAGACUCUUCCUAGAACCAUGUGGAAAAGCCUCUCAACCACAAAAGAUACAAUCUUAAAUAGUCUCGAGGAGACUUUGAAGGGCCCAGAGAAGAAUCAAUUCAUGAACAACUUUCAGGAAGAGAUUGAGAAGAGAGUUAAAGACUUCUAUAUAUCCUAUAAAAAUCGUUUCCGUAACUAUUCUGCUGCCUUGGGUGGACUUGUUGGGGCUGCAGUCCUGGGGGUGGCAACUGGUGGUAUAAUGGCAGUUGGUACGGCAGCCGCUGUUUUGACUGGAGACAUUGUAGCUGGGGCCACUAUGGGUGCCACAGUGGUUGGGGGGAGCAUAGGGGCUGGCGUUGGGGCUGCUGUAGGUAAGGCCAAAAGUAAGGAAAAAGUUCCUAAAGAGGGAGAGGAAAAACCCCUUCUCAAGGAUGAUGAAUGAACCCUGGAAACCAAGUAGAAGCAAAGAGGGAGGGAGAAAA